UCUUCCUGUUCCUAGUUUCCGUCCUCUCAGCUCCCACAGAGUAGCCCAACCUGCCAGAGCUGAGCCUCCGGGGCUCUUCCUGGCCUCAGCUCAAUCCUCUGUCCCUCACCCCAAUGAGGGGGGCAGGUGCAGGUCUCUUAGGAGCUGAGAGCUGAGAUCAUUUAACCAAUAAACAGACUGGGACCUCUGCACCUGCAAGCACCUUCGCUCUGCAUGCUGAGCCAAGAUGGGGAAUGGAAAAGACGAAGAUUAUAAUUUUGUCUUCAAGGUGGUGCUGAUCGGCGAGUCAGGCGUGGGCAAGACCAAUCUGCUGUCCCGGUUCACGCGCAAUGAGUUCAGCCACGACAGCCGCACCACCAUCGGGGUUGAGUUCUCCACCCGCACCGUAAUGCUGGGCACCGCUGCUGUCAAGGCUCAGAUUUGGGACACAGCCGGCCUGGAGCGAUACAGAGCCAUCACCUCUGCGUACUACCGCGGAGCAGUAGGGGCACUCCUGGUAUUCGACCUGACAAAGCAUCAGACCUAUGCUGUUGUGGAGCGCUGGCUAAAGGAGCUCUAUGACCACGCUGAAGCCACUAUUGUUGUCAUGCUCGUGGGGAACAAAAGUGACCUCAGUCAGGCCCGGGAGGUGCCUACGGAGGAGGCCUGCAUGUUUGCUGAAAACAAUGGUCUGUUGUUCCUGGAGACCUCCGCUCUGGACUCCACCAAUGUUGAGCUAGCCUUCCAGACUGUCCUCAAAGAGAUCUUUGCAAAGGUGUCCAAGCAAAGGCAGAAUAGCACCCUGGCCAACGCCAUCACCCUGGGCAGUGCUGAAGCUGGACAGGACUCUGGCCCUGGGGAGAAAAGGGCUUGCUGCAUCAACCUCUGACGUCAGCCACGGUCAACCCUGUGCCCGUCUUCAGCCUUCGGCUGUCCCCCCUACCCUUGGGUCCCUGUUCACAAGCACCCAGGGGCACCACGCCCUACCACGUCUCUGUCAUCUGCCACACCCCUCACAGGCUAGAGCCCUCAAAUAAAGCUGUUUUGUAUCAUG